ACUAGAGACAAGUCACUUUAAAAGCACCAGCUCUCUUUAUUAAUAUUUUAACGAAACUAUAAAACUACACACUAACGGACAUUUCAGUAAUGUGUUGUUUGAGUUUUGAAGAAGAAAAUCGCGGUGCUGUUUUAUAAAGUCGCAACAUUGUAUUGAAACUUGCUUUUUUGAUGCAGCAGCUUCAGCUCACAGACAGAUGAACACAGAAUGUGGAAUAUUCAUUCUUCACCCUGUCUAACACCAGAUCAUCCGAGUCCAGCGAAGCACCCAACCUUACUGCUACUAUUUCUGACUAAUGGGUGCCACGCAUGGGCUUGCCUGGACUCGGCAAUCUCAGCACGGGCCAGAUUGAUGAUGAGGUUCAGUCUCAGCCAUGGCUCAGGAGAAAGAGACGAGCUGUUACAUUGACGAGGUGAUGUUCCAAACUCUAGUUCUUUUGAUUUGUAAUUUGCACUGGAACUAAAAUAAGAGAGGGAAAGGAUGGAGAGGACGGACCAAAGGAGGAAAGUAUCCAGAGGAGACAGCAGGGAAGAGGAGAAUGGAGACGAAUCAGGGAGAGUUGGUCAUUUAAAAUACAAGAUGACUCUGGAAAGCGGGCCUGGAGAGGAUAUAAAAAAGAGCACAGUUCUAUCCUGUCCUGCAGGACCAACAUUAGAUGCAGCUCAACGGCAGAUUUUAAAUAAAAGACAGUGUUCAGAAGAAAUGAAAGAACUGGAAAGCAAUGUGGAAGUGAAUGGUAAAGUGCUUCAGUCCAUACAACCAUCUCUUCGAAAGGAACCUUAUGGACAAUUUAAAAACGUACAACCUAUUUCCCCCGUCUCCUGUGAAUACACUGAUGCCACUUCUUCCUCUACUUCCUCAUGCCCAUCUUCCUCUGGUCUAUUUUCUGCUCUGUCUUUGUCCUCUUCAUCUCCACAGCUAUCUCUUACUCCUUCUCUUCCAACCUCAGUGGAGUUGGAUACAAUGUUGGGAAAUAAGAGCCUUGUGCUGGAUGUGUACCGGAGUGGAGCAGCAGUAAUGCCAGCUCUUUGGGAGAGUGUACCUGAGCAAAUGAGGCGAGUACGGUGCGCCCGACUGGGCUCGGAGGAUGAGGAGGCACUGAAAGAAGCUCUCUUUGUUCUUCCUCAUCUCACUCAACUGCGCUCUUUAACAAUUAGAGGCUACCGCUUCUAUGAUGCCCAAGGCGAGCCCCUUCCAGGCCUUUUGACAUCUAUUCCUCCCUCAUCCUCCUCUCUUUCCCUUCUUGUUCACCUGGAUCUUUCAUUCAAUUGUCUCUCGGAUCUCCCGGCUUGCUUGCUUUCUCUUUCUCAUCUAUCAGAGCUUCUCCUCUGCUAUAACCAGCUGAGCAGUCUUCCGGAUGAGGUGGCUGGCCUCAUAGCUCUUCGCCAUCUCAACUUGCUAGGGAAUAAACUGCAAUGCCUGCCCUCAGGAGUGGGUCUUCUGCUGCAGCUGCAGACACUGGAUGUGUCCUCCAACCAGCUAGAGAGUCUUCCUGAGGAGCUGGGCCAGCUAAAGCAUCUUCAGACCCUGGAGCUUUCAUUUAAUAAGCUUAAAGAACUUCCAAAAACACUGGGCUCUUUACACUCAUUGACGGUGUUGAACAUCAGCAGUAAUGAACUGAGGAGUGUCCCUGAAUUCCUGCCUAACCAAACCAAAGUGAAUGUAUAUAAUAACCCUCUGGGCCGCCCCCCGACUCCUCCGCCACUCCCACCUGUACCAGCAGCCGACACUGCAAUCCCAGAGCUACACCUCGCCUUUAACAAGCACUGGUUUAACAUAUCGCCUGCUGGAGGUCAUGUGUUUGUUCCUGGAGGGGCAGAAGUCCUGUUUCCUAGGGGGUGCGUUAAGAGCCCUACACAGUUUAAGUGGGCCGAAAGCAAACCAAACAAGAAGUGGAUAUGGCUUGAGGAGCAUGACCUUUUACUGAGUACUCCAUUGGAACUCCUCCCACAUGGUGCUACAUUUCAUAAGCCUGUAGAGGUGUGUGUUCCCUACCACAGGACUCGAAAAGGAGAGGUGGUAGUACGCAAAUAUGAUGGUCAGUCAUGGAGCACACUAACCACCGUGACCAGAAGAGGGAGCCCGAAGCACAGCAGCAGACCCAGAGGCAGACCAGCCAGGCUAGCAUGCUGCUCUGUGACACAGUUCUCCUCGUUUGUGGCUGUCUCUCGUCCGGUUAGAGACUCUUGCUCAGUAUCGCAUGCAGGAGCUCUGCUGGUGUCCAGCUACGACAAUGGGAUCAAACUUACAUUUCCCCCUGAUUGCACCACACAGAUGCGGACUGUUACAUUACAGGUUCUGCAGGUGGCACAAUCGGUUGUGCAGGAUCUGACUGGAGACCCACAGGCCAGGGCUAGCCCCCUUCUUUGCCUCUCCCAAACUCCCAGCAUGCAUUUCCUUCAGCCAGUCAAAGUGCAGAUACCCCUGCCACCCGGACUCACUGGCCAUACAGUGGAUGUAUCUCGAUUGCACCUGCUGCAUGGUGACCCUGUGGCCCAAACUUGGACUGAUAUCACCUCUCAGGUGUAUCUAUACACCACACACCUUUAUGCCAUCUUUUCCGUCACACACUUCUCAUGGUACUGGCUGUGGUACACCACUCAUAGUUGUAUCAGUGGAGUUGUAAGGAAGGUGUACCACAGGCUGAGGCAGUUUAGGGUCCAGUUCCUGGUGCUGCAGAGAAAAAAUGAUCUUACGCAAGUGCUGCUGCAGUGCCUGCCUUCAGACAAGAUUGACAAUCGGCUUGCUUCUUUAUCAGAGCAGUAUGAUGGUCCUCAGCCAUCAGAUGUGUGCAGCCUGCUGGAGGGAGAGCAGUUCUUUGCUGGAUUUGAGAGAGGGAUAGACCUUAGCUCUGACCGACCAGACUGCAGAGAGGGAAGACUUGUCUUUACCUUCUACUCUCAUCUUAAGAACAUUAAAGAAGUGCAUGUCAGCCCAACACAUAAACAAGAACAAAUUGUCAGAGGACAGGUGUCCUUCUACAGAGGUGAGGUGCCCAGUGAUCUGCCGGAGGAAUUGGUUCAGAAAAGGAAAGGCCUAAACUGCCAAUGGAUGGCCACACUUCCCCUCAGACUUCCAGGCUCGGACGGUACAGGCAAUCUAUAUGAGGAGAAGCAGUAUCCUCCGUUAAACCUGGGGGAUCCUGAGAGCGGCUACCUGACCGAGACUAACUUGUUGUCCAUCUCGUUCCGCAUCAGCCAGGACUGGCGCAGCAUUGGAAUGAACCUGGGCAUCAGCUAUAAGGAGCUGGAUCGCAUUCAGUUCAAACACAGAGAUAAUCUAGGAACCAUGGUAUUGGAUAUGCUAAUGCACUGGGCAAGAGGGCAGCAGAAGACAGGAGCAGGGGCAGUUCCACAGCUGAUUGCAGCAUUGGUGGCGAGCAGGAGGCAGGACCUUGCCGAUGAAGUGGAGGACAUUGUAAAUCGGGGGAAAGGGAAAUACUUAGAGUCCCUAAAGAGAGUGGGCCUAGAGACAGAGAACCCAACAAUGUCUACUGAGUCUCAACCAAGCUGACACGCACUGGAGGGAGAAUACAGACAUUGUUAAUCUAAUGUCCAUAAAUUACACUAAUUGUGCUGGUCACUGUACAUUUUUUUAUGUUUUAAAAAUAAAUGUAAUUUAUACAGGACAGAUUGACACUAGCAUGCACAGUUCUCAGCAGAGUGUUCAAACUGUCAAGUCUUUUACUGUGUAUUUGGUUGCUAUGACUGAGCUGCUGUUAGGAUGAAUUAUCUCCUCACACACACAUGCUGAAUAAACUCUUGCUAUAGAAACCUGUCUAAAGCAUUACGCCUUACAGCAGCCUACAGUAUUUGAAUCACUUACUAAAACUGGAAAAAAUCUUUACAUUCAGCCCUGCCACUUUAUACAAAUCAGAUUUUAAAUACUGGGUAUUUAAACACAGAUUUGAUAGUAAUAAAUAUAUCAUGUGGAAUAUGGUA